CUCGUGAUCGAGUGGGUCGGCAAGGCAUCUAACCCUAACGCAACCUGGCUGAGUUUGGUUCGUUUGACGCAUGCGAGAGCUCGCUCAUUCGCUUAGGCAUUCAACCUUAAUCCAACCUGAUUUCAUUUGGAUUGGGAUAUUCUUGUAAUUUUCGUCUUACUACUGUGAGCAUUACUGUAAAAUUCAUCACCAAUUACCUAACACGCCGUUCGUUGGCCGUGCUUGGAUGUGAGAGAGUGAGCUCAAUCGUCCUCUGACCUUAUCGAGGACCAAGAGGAGAAAAUUCCAUUUUCAGAUGCUUGAUAAGGAUCGGUGGAAUUAGUUCAUGGACAAAUCAGUAGAUGAUGCAAAUAAUGAAAAAUCUUCAAAUCAGGAAGGGGCAGGAACUACGUCAAAGGUUGUCACAUUGAGUUUGGACUUGUCAUCUGGCAGUGCAUGCUCAAAGCAUGUUCAGGAAGGUCAACCAAGUUCAUCUGGGAGCAAUUUAAGAGCAUAUUUCAUAGGGAUGGGAUUCUCACCAACUCUCAUUGACAACGUGAUAGAGGAACAUGGUCAAGGUGAUGUUGAUUUGUUAUUGGAAACUCUCCUUGCAAAUACACAGACUCAUAAAAAAUCAAGUUCUGCAUCAUCAGACUCUCUGGAUGCCAUGCUUAAUCAUUGCACGGAUGAGGUCAAUUCACCUGGAAUCACUUCAGAGAGUUGUGAAAUUGAGGAACUUGAUGUUACUACUGAGGUUAGUGAGGACAAGAAGGCAUCUUUAUUAAUGAUGAAUUUCUCAGUGGAUGAAGUUCAGUUUGCAAUUGACAGGCUUGGUGAAGGUGCACCCAUGAAUGAGCUUGUGGAUUUCAUAAUUGCUGCUCAAGUAGCUGGAGGAUCAGGGAGGGACACAGGUGAUCCCACUUCUGGCCAUGAUGGAAAUAAUGAGGAAAUUACCACUGAAGCUUUGUUUGGGACCAUGGAUAAGACACUUCGCUUGCUUGAAAUGGGUUUCUCGGAGCAUGAAAUUUCAUCAGCUAUUGAAAAAUUUGGUUCAGAUAUUCCAAUUUGGGAGCUUGCUGACUCGAUUUUUGCAAAUCAAAUUGCUGAAAGCGGUGUUGGAAAAGAUGAGGAUCUAUCAACCUAUAACAGUAUGCACUGUUCACACACUGAAAAUGAGGGGAAUUCUCUAGGUAGUUCGAUGGAAGAACGUGUCAAACGCCGUUCUUCUGAAUCCCCAAUUAGGGAGACUGGGGCAUCAAGUUCAAAUGUUGUUCCUCCUAUAAAGGACAUGAGCUUUGAGACGAAUCUUAAAGGGAAAAAGCCAAAACAUGAGUAUGUAGAUGAUUCAACUGACUUCUUUUGCCCUUCCAGGCCAGAAGCAAAAGGAGUUGAACCCAAAAUCAAUAGCUAUCAGAUGCCUUUGCCAAAAAGAGAGCUCCAUCAAUUUGCAGAACCACUUGAUAGAUUAGAAACCCCACAGCUGUCCAAACCUAACCCGUGUAGGAGUCUUUGUCAGAUGGUAGCUAGACCUCCAUAUUUCUUUUAUGGAAAUGUUGUGGAUGUCUCUCAAGACUCUUGGACCAAAAUAUCUCAGUUCUUGUAUGGUAUUGAGCCGGAGUUUGUGAAUACACAGUUCUUCUCAGCCUUGAGUAGGAAAGAAGGCUAUAUACACAAUCUUCCUACUGAUAAUAGGUUUCAUAUCCUUCCGAGGUCACCCAUGACCAUUGAAGAUGCAUUACCACAUACAAAGAAAUGGUGGCCAUCAUGGGACACAAGGAAACAGUUGAGCUGCAUCAGUUCUGAAAUUGAGGGAAUCCCUGAACAAUGUGAGAGACUUGGAAAGAUGUUACUUGAUUCACAGGGGAUGGUUUCAGUGGAACAGCAGAGGCAUAUCCUUCAUCAUUGCAAGACAUUAAACCUAGUAUGGGUUGGGCAGUACAAAUUGCGUACAAUUGAGCCUGAUCAAUUAGAACGCAUUUUGGGCUAUCCAUUGCAUCACACACAACUUGCUGAGUGUGGCUUAAUGGAAAGACUUGGAACACUCAAGCGCUGCUUCCAGACAGACACUUUGGGAUAUCAUCUUUCUGUCUUGAAGCGAAUCUUUCCACAUGGUUUGACAAUGUUAUCCCUUUACAGUGGAAUAGGAGGAGCAGAAGUUGCUUUUUACCGGCUUGGUGUUCGUCUUAAAGGUGUUGUUUCGGUAGAAGAAUCCAUGGUAAAUAGAAAGGUUUUAAAGAAAUGGUGGCAUAACUCUGGACAAACUGGGGAGUUGGUGCAGAUUGAGAACAUCCAGAGGCUGACAAGUGCCAAGAUUGAGAGUCUGAUCAAACAGUUUGGUGGUUUUGACUUGGUUAUCUGUCAAAAUCCAUGUACUUCUGGAAGUUCAAAAGUGGCUGCUGAUGGUAUAAACUUUUCAGGAUUGGACUUCCCACAAUUUUAUGAAUUUGUUCGUGUUUUGCAACGUGUACGAAAUACAAUGGGGAGAAAUAGAUGACAGUCUUCUGUUUUGCCCCUCUCAACUCUGAAUGUGGGAGAAACCACUGUGGAUCUAAAACUCAAAAUGUUCCAAAGCGUAUCUGCAAUUGCUCUUCUUUGAUGGUGAUGAGCGGCAU